AUGAGACCAGAGUACAAAGGCAACCUGACCCAAGCAGCAAUCCAUCAACUCUAUGAAAAGCAAGAAACCAGGCAUAAAAAAAGAAGAAACAGCAGAGGGAAAGAGGUGGAUCACACAAUUAAAAAUGCACCAAGAGAGAAACCUGUUUCAAUUGUGGAGCAAAGCCUGUACAUCCAAGAAGUCAAAGAGGUGGAUCACACAAUUAAAAAUGCACCAAGAGAGAAACCUGUUUCAAUUGUGGAGCAAAGCCUGUAUAUCCAAGAAGUCAAUGGCCUGCAACGUUAAGUGUAGAAAAAAGGGAAAUUUUGGCUCUAGAUCUGUUUGCAAGUCCAAAAGAGGAGGGAAUGUUAACGAGUUACAAACCCAGCCUAUCGAUGCGCCCUCAAACGAAGACAGCGUAAGUAUUUUACUGCAGCUGUGCAUUAUUUGA